UACCUGAAGAGAUGCAACUAUCUAUGUUUAAGACCAAAUUAGUGAGAAUAUUAUCUAAUACCCUUGGAGGUAUAUCAAAAUUUGGGAUCGAACAUAUUAGCGCUUUUCCACUUCAAGGAUACCAUACAGAAAAGAAACCAUAUAUCCGUGUGAGAACAUGGAAUCACUAUGACCGAAACAAUGCAUUAAAAGCAAUUCGUGCUGUUGGAAUGUGUACAGCCUCGGAUGAUCUAAACUGCCAGUACUAUUAUCGCAAAGUAGCCCGUGAAGAGAGAUUAUCUCUUUCAAGCUGGGCUAUAUUGAGUAAUUAUUUAUACGAACACAUUCAGGGGGGUACUGAUCUCUUCCGAGUAUCCAUGAAUAAUUACAACCCAAUAAGCGAUAACGAGUAUAAUAAUUCAUUAUUUUCCUCAGCGCUUUCACGGGAUCGCACUCUUGUUCUCACGUGGGAUAUCGAGACAUAUAGCUCAUGA